AUGGUGCACAACAAAGUGACCAUUAUUGGAUCCGGCCCAGCUGCUCAUACUGCAGCCAUUUAUUUGGCAAGAGCUGAAAUCAAGCCCACAUUAUAUGAAGGGUUGUUGGCCAAUGGUAUUGCUGCCGGAGGACAAUUAACCACCACCACUGAGAUUGAGAACUUUCCUGGGUUCCCAUUAGGAAUCACUGGAUCUGAAUUAAUGGAUAAGAUGAAGGAACAAUCUGUUCGUUUUGGCACUGAAAUUAUUACUGAAACUAUUAGUAAGGUUGAUCUUUCACAAAGACCAUUUAAAUUAUGGACCGAAUGGAAUGAAGAUGGUGAACCCAUUACCACUGAUUCUAUUGUAAUUGCCACUGGAGCCUCUGCCAAAAGAAUGCAUUUACCUGGUGAAGAUACUUAUUGGCAACAAGGUAUAUCUGCUUGUGCCGUUUGUGAUGGAGCGGUUCCAAUUUUCAGAAACAGACCAUUGGCAGUUAUUGGAGGUGGAGAUUCUGCUUGUGAAGAAGCUUUAUUUUUAACCAAGUAUGGUUCCAAGGUUUAUUUACUUGUUAGAAGAGAUCAAUUAAGAGCUUCGACCAUUAUGCAAAAGAGAGUUCAAAACAAUGAAAAGUUGGAAAUUCUUUGGAAUACUGAAGCCUUAUCUGCUGAAGGUGAUGGUAAGACUUUACAAUCAUUGAAGAUUGUUAACAAUAAGACUAAGGUUGAAUCUGAUUUAGCUGUUAAUGGAUUAUUCUAUGCCAUUGGUCAUACUCCAGCCACUAAGAUUUUUGCCGGACAACUUGAUACUGAUGAAUCUGGUUAUAUUCUUACUAAGCCUGGUACAGCCGAAACUUCAAUUCCUGGUGUUUUCGCUGCUGGUGAUGUUCAAGAUAAGAAAUAUAGACAAGCAAUUACUUCUGCUGGUUCUGGAUGUAUGGCAGCAUUAGAUUGUGAAAAGUUUUUAUCUGAACAAGAGUAA